AUGUCUACCAUUCCAUUAUCGACUUCAUCAACCACACCCGAAGCCAUAUUAUGUUCUGAUGAUCCAACAAGCGACAGUUAUAUUCUUGAAAUCAUGGCCUAUUUCAUUAGUCGCGGCUUUCAACCAAGCCUCGUCAGGUCCUUUCUAGAGAGAAAUUGUCAUCUUGAUCUCAAGACAAACGAGCAUCUCAU